AUGGAAGCCUCGUCUGCCUCUGAUUUGAAAAGGCUGCUCCCAGAGAAGACGCGGAUCCUGUGGUAUGGCAAGGGCCUGAAUCCCAUGUUGGGGUUCAUGCCAGAAUCUGCAGUGGUUUUGGCACCGACACUACCGGAUGCUGCCAUGCUCGCCCGCAUCCGGACUGCUUGCAAAUGGCCAAGGCCAAGGUGUUUGACUGCGGAGUCUACAAGCCCAUGUCAUGUCAGCUUUGACCUUGGUGUUGCAGAUGUGUUCUUGGGCAGUGUCACCAAGACCGAGACCCUUUCAGUCCUGUCUCUCGCAAUGGCCACAGUUUCCAUUGUUGUGCUCGCGGUCAAUGGGAACUACUCGGAUCCUGCUGAUUGGAAGGAUCCAGCGGGCUGGGUUACCAUGCGCAGGGAAGUCAGUUGGUCCACGUGGACCGCUCUCGAAGCUCACAGUCAGCUGUGGUUGUGCGUCCGUGGAGAACUUGAAGCAAAGACCCGAAUCAUUCAGGAUAUCGACACCAUCUUCCAGAAGGUGUUCGCGGAUGUGAAGCCUGCAACAGCAGUUGUGCGGGGAGUUGAUCGAUAUGUUGUUCAGAGGGGCAAGCGGCAACGCACGACCUACAAUCUUCCUGCGCCAUGUACAGCAGAGAAGGUGUUCCGAUCACCGGCAGCUUCAGCUGCAGAUCCCACAGAGUUCUCGCCGCACGAGUUCUUGCCUCUGCUUGGCUACGGGGAUCAAACCAACAUACAUUUGUUGACUCCGGCCUGGCAGAUGAAAGUCUUGUCUCACAGUGUUCCUUUUAGUGUUGGCGAGCUGAUGUAUCGCUUUGCAAUGCGGCUUGCCUUAGCAUCCUCAUCGAAAUGA